GUCAUGUGAUUUAACUCGACGCAGAACGUCUGCAUAACAACAAUCGUGACUAUUUUAAUGUUUGUGAAGAGGAAUAAGGUUGUUUGUCACUUUUGAGAAGGGGUAACAUAUAUUUUCUAAAUUAAAGUGUCGUGUUUUUUUUAUUUUUCAGAGAAAUUGCAAUGGCAGAUACGGAAGAGCCGAACAGGAAGACGAGUGAGGAAUUCACAGAUGAGUCUGAGGAGGACGACAGCGAGGAGGAGCCAAAGCUGAAAUAUGAGCGACUCUCCAAUGGAGUGACAGAAAUUCUCCAGAACGACGCAGCCAGCUGCAUGACCGUCCACGACAAGUUUCUUGCUCUAGGUACCCAUUUUGGAAAGGUGUUUCUGCUGGACAUCCAAGGAAAUUUAACUCAAAAGUUCGAAAUUAGUUCAGUGAAGAUCAACCAGAUCAGUCUGGAUGAAAGUGGUGAGCACGUGGGCAUCUGCUCCGAGGACGGGAAGGUUCAAGUAUUUGGUCUCUAUACAAGAGAGGGCUUUCAUGACAACUUUGAUUGUCCCAUCAAAGUGGUUGCGUUACACCCUCAGUUCACCAGAUCUAACUACAAACAAUUUGUCACAGGAGGCAACAAGCUGCUUCUGUAUGAAAGAAACUGGCUGAACCGCUGGAAGACUUGUGUGCUCCAUGAGGGCGAGGGCACCAUCACUAACAUCCAGUGGAGAUCUAACCUCAUUGCCUGGGCCAACAAUGUGGGAGUGAAAAUCUAUGACAUCAGCACCAAACAGCGCAUUACAAAUGUGCUACGGGAUGAUGCUAGUCUGAGGCCCGACAUGUACCCCUGCAGCCUGUGUUGGAAGGAUAACACCACGCUCAUCGUUGGUUGGGGAACCUCCAUUAAGAUUUGUGUUGUGAAGGAGCGUAAUCCUACAGAAAUGAGAGAUCUUCCCAGUCGUUAUGUGGAAAUAGUGUCCGCGUUUGAGACGGAGUUCUAUAUCAGUGGUUUGGCACCGCUUGUGGACCAACUUGUCACCCUGUUUUUUGUGAAGGAAAACUCUGAUCAUAUGGAUGAGGAAUUUCUUGCACGACCUCGUCUUGACAUCAUCCAGCCGCUGCCUGAGAGAUGCGAAGAAAUAUCUUCUGAUGCGCUGACUGUGCGCAACUUUAAAGAAAAUGAAUGUCGAGACUACCGGCUUGAGCAUUCUGAGGGAGAGUCACUCUUCUACAUCAUCAGUCCCAAAGACAUUGUUGUGGCUAAAGAGCGAGAUCAAGAUGACCAUAUUGACUGGCUGCUGGAAAAGAAGAAAUAUGAGGAGGCAUUGAUGGCGGCAGAGAUAAGCUUCAAAAAUAUUAAGCGGCAUGACGUUCAGAAAAUUGGGAUGGCCUACAUUAACCACCUUGUAGAAAAGGGAGAUUAUGAUGGUGCAGCAAGGAAAUGCCAAAAGGUUCUUGGAAAAAACAUGGAACUGUGGGAGAAUGAAGUGUACAGGUUCAAGACCAUUGGGCAGUUGAAGGCCAUCAGUCAGUAUUUGCCCAGAGGCGAUCUGCGUCUCAGACCGGCCAUCUAUGAAAUGAUUCUGCAUGAAUUUCUUAAAACCGAUUAUGAGGGUUUUGCCACACUGAUUCGGGAAUGGCCAGGGGAGCUUUAUAAUAACAUGGCCAUUGUUCAGGCUGUCACUGACCACCUGAAGAAGGACCCCACAAACAGGAUAUUACUCACCACGUUGGCUGAAUUGUACACCUAUGAUCAGCGGUAUGACAGAGCCCUAGAAAUCUACCUGAGACUGAGGCAUAAAGAUGUUUACCAGCUGAUCCACAAACACAACCUUUUCUCAUCGAUAGAAGACAAGAUUGUCCUCCUCAUGGAGUUUGAUAAAGAGCAAGCAGUUGACAUGCUUCUUGACAACGAAGACAAGAUAUCGACAGACAAGGUGGUGGAAGAACUAACCAGCAGACCAGAGCUUCUGCACAUUUACCUCCACAAACUGUUCAAACGGGACCAUCACAAAGGCCGAAAGUACCACGAAAGACAGAUUGGCCUGUAUGCAGAAUAUGACCGACCAAAUCUCUUACCUUUUCUCAGGGAUAGCACACACUGCCCACUUGAAAAGGCUCUUGAGAUUUGUCAGCAGAGGAACUUCGUAGAGGAGACAGUCUUCUUGCUCAGCAGGAUGGGGAAUUGCAGGCGAGCUCUACAGAUGAUCAUGGAGGAGCUGGGGGAUGUGGACAAGGCCAUUGAGUUUGCCAAAGAGCAGGAUGACGUUGAGCUCUGGGAGAAUCUUAUCUCAUACUCUAUUGACAAACCACCAUUCAUAACUGGCCUGCUAAAUAAUAUUGGGACUCAUGUGGAUCCCAUCCUGCUCAUCCAUCGCAUUAAGGAGGGAAUGGAGAUCCCAAACCUCAGAGAUUCACUUGUGAAAAUCCUUCAUGACUACAACCUACAGAUUCUGCUGAGAGAAGGAUGCAAAAAGAUCCUGGUGGCAGACUCCCUCUCUUUGCUCCAAAAAAUGCACCGAACUCAAAUGAGGGGAGUCAGAGUAGACGAUGAGAACAUCUGUGAAUCAUGCCAUGCUGCAAUAUUACCAUCAGACAUGGCCAAACCCUUCAGCGUGGUUGUGUUUCACUGCAGACACAUGUUCCAUAAGGAGUGCGGACCAUCUCCAGAAACUAUUCCUGGGGCGCAGUUUUGUAACAUCUGCAGUGCAAAGAAACGACGCCCGGGGAGUGGAAUUCUUGAGAUGAAGAAGUAACCGAGAUUUACUUACUCACAAAUGUUAAGGGAUGCUUUUAUGGUUUCCCUACUGCCUGAUCAAAAAAUAUCCCUGCUGUCUGUCACUGAAAUGUCCACUUCUGUAUAUUGACAUCCACAUGUGUAACUGUACUUUGUGUAUUUAAU